AUGCAGACCGCCAACUCCCACUCCGCCGUCACUCAGGGCGAUCUCGAAUUGCUCGAUGCACUCACCUCGAUGCCCUCGUCCUUCCCGCAUCAACCCAGCUAUGCCUCUUCUUCUUCUUCGUCGUCGUCGUCUGCCACCAAGACCAGGCCGCUGUCUACCCUCAAUGCCCUCAGGCGACCGCCCAUCGAUCCUAUGGUCCUGGCAGCCAGUCUCAGCUCCGGUCCUCACGUCACCCGUCAUCACUUUCACCACUCGUUCGGCAGCCAUGCUCACACCACCAAGUCGCAGCAGAUGCCUGCCAGUCAACGCAAAGCAGCAGUCGCCGCCGCAGCAGCAGCUGAUGCUUCCAAGGCCAACGCCCCUGCGUCCUCUUCUGCCGGCGAUUCCUCUCGCUCGGGGCAGACUCGUCCUCGAAGACAGUCAGGAGCAAGCGGAUCAUAUGCCAACUGUGAUUACGACGACUUUGAAGAUUCCGUCACUAGCCGCAAUGCCGCUUCCAGCUCCUCAUCCAUCAAAAUCGAGCCCGUCCCAGAAGUCACAGACGAAGAGCGUGCCUACUACGCCAGCAGACAAGCCCCGCGCAGCGUCCGUUUGCAACAGCAACAGCAGCUCGAGCAGAAGCGCGCUCAGGCUAACUCUCCCGUCCAGCGUACAUCCGCCUCUCUACAAACGCUCAAGGAGCAAGCUGCCGUACAGGCCACAGGCAUCCGCGCCAGCGACGAGCCCGCCCAGCCCGAGCUUCUCGCUCAGCCUGGCAACCAAGCCGCCAAGACUGUCCUCGUUCCCCCCUCUGCGCCUGCCAACAAGAUCGCUCAAGCACUAGAUGAGCGCAAAGCAGCCGUUGCUGCCGCGACCGUAGCUCCGACUCACAUUCCCCUCACACCGGCAGCUGAGACUCUGCCAUCCAUGCCUGCUCAGGUCGGUACGCCGCUCGGCAAGCCCGGCAUUUCUUCCAUCGUUCGUCCUCCACCUGUCCGCGUACGGUGCUACGCCCGAACACGAGUCCCUACACCUCACGGUGAGAUCUUCUGCCAUCUCUACAAGAACACGCACGAUACAAAGGAGCAUCUCGCCAUCGUCAUUGAUCCUUACCAGAACGAUGAGACGAGCACACAGAUGGGUGCCGACGGUCGACCCGUCAAGGAGAGUGAUCCGGUCUAUCAGCAGCAAGCGCUCAGGAGCAGAUCGUUGGACGAAGUGUGGGGGCCAGAGGAGACGGAUAUGGAACGUAUUGUGCGAGGCGCCUACGUGGGCAGGUUGGGACCCAGCUUUCAGGUUGCUUCGAGGCCUCUCCCUCGACACUCUCAGCAGCAGGUGCAUCAGCACCACCACGACCAAGAUCCGUUAGCACCACUCGUCCGCAUCCACUCGGAAUGCUUCACCGGCGAAACCAUCGGCAGUCAACGUUGCGAUUGCGGAGAACAAUUGGACGAAGCCAUCCGACUCAUCUCUGAAGCGUACGAUACAUCCAAGAAUCGCACUCACUCUUCCGACUCUCAUCAGCCCAAACUCGGUCGCGGAGUCAUCGUCUACCUGCGUCAAGAAGGCCGUGGAAUCGGUCUCUUGGACAAACUCAUGGCGUAUAACCUGCAAGACAUGGGUCAUGAUACCGUCUCUGCCAACAUCUUGUUGGGGCACCUUCCGGAUGCGAGAAAGUACGACAUCGCAUCUGCGAUUCUGCGCGAUUUGGGUGUGGACGAGUGUAGGUUGUUGACCAACAAUCCGGAAAAGAUGGAGGCGUUGGAGGCGGAGGGUGUGCGGGUGACCGAGAGGGUGGGUAUGGUUCCUCGGGUCUGGAAGUUCGGAAAGCGAUUGAGGAGGAAGAAGAGAAGUGGCAAGAAGAAGGACAAGAUUCCCAGUGGCAGGACGAACCUGCGUUCGACGAGCAAAAAGACACCGAGUCUACUGCGACAGAUCAGCUUCGGUGGUAUGGACAGCAGCGUCAUCUCGCAAGCCGGAACCAACGAGUCGGACUCUGAACUUGACCCCACCACCGCCGGACUACGCCAUCAAGGCGAAGACAUCCUCAACGAAGCUGACACCUUCGAUUCCGACGGAGACCACCACCACAACGACGAUGACGAGGUUGAUGACAGUGACAGCGAUUCAGGCGAUUCAUACAUAGAUCACGUCCUCAGAAGAUCCGGUACCACCAUGGUAGGUGCCAGCAUCACCAAAGGUCCAGAACUCGAAAAAUACCUCCGAACAAAGGUCGAGAGAAUGGGUCACCUAUUGACCGUACCCGACGAGCAAGCCAAGGAGGAAGACGAAGAAGAACGUCCAGUCUCCCAACCCAACUCGGACGACGAGCAACUCUCCCACCAGCAUCUCCCCUAA